CAGGUCUCGGGCCCUCAGGCGGAGCGGCGGGCGCCGGACCCCCAGGUGGAGCGACAGGUCUCGGGCCCUCAGGCGGAGCGGCGGGCGCCGGACCCCCAGGAGGAGCGACAGGCGGGGCGGCGGGCGCCGGAUCCCCUGGCGGAGCGGCGGGCGCUGGACCCCCAAGCGGAGCAACAGGUCUCGGGCCCCCAGGCGGAGCGGCGGGCACCGAGACACCAGGCACGACAGUGGCUCCGAGUCAACUGGUAUGACCGCAGGCACUGGGUCAGACAUUGGAUGGUCUGGCUGGACAGCGGGCAUCGGGUCACCAGGCAUCAGGUCAUUUGGCUCGACAGCGGGCACCGCGUCAUCUGGCAAGGCAGUGGGCUCCGAGUCAACUGGUAUGACCGCGGG